GUAGCAAUACUAUGACAACAACAAUAAGCAAGCAUGAGGUGCAGCAGCAGCAGCAGCAGCAGUCACAGUUGCCACAGCAGCAACAUGCUAUGAUAACAGCAACAACAGCUGCAACAGCUGCAACAACAACAACAGCAGCAACAGCAUCAACAGUGACAGCAACAACAAACACUGAGCAACAGCAGCUACAAUUCGAUACGCUUAACAACAAUGACAUUGCCACAGUCACAGUCACCGCCAUUGCCACCGCCCAAGAUGCCCCAGACACUGCCCACAACAACACAACAACCGGAACAGCAACAGCCACAGCAACAGCAGCAACCACAAAGGUGCUCAAGCGUCGCUCGCUGCUCAACUUCAAGUCCUUUGACUUUCACAUCAAGUCCUUAUACAGCGGCCUGCGUGCCACAAGUGGCCACAAAUCUGCCUCGGCCUCGGCCUCUGCCUCGCAAUCGCAAUCGCGUUCCUCAUCCCUCGACGUAGGUGGCGCAUCAGCAGGAGGAGGUGCAACAACAUCGCGUGGUGGCACAGCCGCACGUCGCAUACCGCCGCAUUUGCGCAUCGAAGGCGUCGACAACGAUCCCGAUCCCGAUCACGAUCCGGAGAGAAUGAAUCUGCUGCUCGACUACACACAAUCGCCAUUCACGCCGCGUCGCAACUCCAGCACUCAACUGCUGCCGAACACUCGUGACUCUUGCUCGCAGCUCUCGCCGUACUUUCUCUCGCCACACAUGGCGUUGGUUGGCGGUGGUGGCACGGCCGUGGGUGGGGCAGGUGGCAGCAGUGUGGCAGCAACGCCUGGCGAUGUGGCUGCCGGCAUUCGACGCUCCUCCACAUCGGACAUUGUGGCAUGCCGCAGACGCGGCUCCACAGCGAGUGCGGCGAGCAACAGCCGCCGGCCAAGCACUUCGGAUCUGUUGAGGCGGGCGCGUGAGAGGCGUGGCAGUGAGGCGCGCAUGGGACGCAGUGUGUCGCACAGCACAAUGCGAAGCAUGUCUGGAGGAGGUGGAGGAGGAGGCGGUGGUAUGGGCGGUGGUUGCAUGGGUGGCAGACGCACUAGCAUGGCGUUCUAAUCUGACACAGCUGACACACAAAAUGGCGCUUAUGAAUACAUACAUUUUUAACUACACUAUGUAGAAAACUAACAACAACAAGAACAACAAGAACAAGACAACAACUGAAACAACAACAGUGAGUAAGAAAAGUUUCCUUACCACACAAAAGAAAACAUUUCGUAACCUCACAUUCUUUCGCUCGCUCGCUGACUCUAACCAUCUCUUUCUCGCUAACGCAUCACAAGGCCAGACGCUAGUCUAUUGUUCUAUCGCUCUAUCCUCUAUCCCUCUUUUCCGCUGUCUCCCUACCAUUUUUGAUGACAAUAUUAGAUCCUAACUAUUCAAUACAAUUUUGAUUUUGACUUGUUUCAAAUGCGCUUUCGCUGAAUAUGCUUUCAACACACACACACACACAUGCAAAAUUACCAAAAAACUUAAUGAAAAGCGACAAAAAAAAGACGAGAAAUUAUAUUAAAAACAUAAAACUUAUGUGAAUGCUCAUAUCAACUUAAACCAAAAGCAAAUACAACAAGCAAAGAAAACAUAAAGAAAAAAAAAUUUGAAACGAAGCUUUUUUAUUAAAUUAGCUAAAUAUAAUUGAUAAAUAUAAAGAAAUUAAUAUUAAGCUUGGAGGGCGAACAGCGACAAGAACAACAACAACAACCAAAAACAAA